CCUAUAUGUAUUCUGCUCUCUGUGUUUUCUCUCCAAGCCACAGAGGGAGAUAAAGAGAGUGCAAGGAGCAAGAACAAUAUAGGAGAACACAACCAAAAUAUAAAAAAUGAGUGUAGAAGCAAAAGAGAUUAGCUCAGCUCCCAUAACACCGAGGCCGGCUGGUGGGGCUCCAAAACCUCCGGUAGGUCCACAGCCUGCGGUGUCUUGCCCGCCUUUGCAGUACAACUCACCGUCUUUGUCUAGGUCACCGCUUCUCGAUGGAGCCUCAGAUCAACCAGCAGCGGGAGGAGCUGUUGUGCCUGCCAGUAAGACCCCCAAGGGCUCUAGAACCCCAGCCGGAAUAAGGACUCCAAGGAUGUCUUUGACUCCAAGGUUCAUCACUCCCAUUGGUAGCCCUGUCAGGAAGGCUUUGAAGAUGACUAGGCUUGAUCCUGAGGAUGCUUGGCUUCCCAUCACUGAGUCUAGAAAUGGGAACAAGUACUAUGCUGCCUUCCACACACUUUGUUCUGGGAUUGGUAUUCAAGCUUUGGUGCUUCCUGUUGCUUUCACAAUUCUUGGCUGGGCUUGGGGUAUAAUCUGUUUGACUCUAGCAUUCAUAUGGCAAAGUUACACCCUAUGGAUACUGGUUCAUCUCCACGAGAAUGUAGAAACUGGAGUACGUUACAGCAGAUACAUACAGCUCUUUAGUCUCACCUAUGGUGACAGAAUAGCAAAUUGGCUAGGGAUGUUUCCGAUCAUGUACCUAUCUGGAGGCACCUGCGUGGCCUUGAUAGUGAUUGGUGGAGGCACUUCCAAGCUCUUCUUCCAAACUUUAUGUGGAGCCGCAUGCAGCUCUAAGCCAUUGACAACAGUUGAAUGGUACUUGGUGUUCACAUGUGCUGCUGUGCUGCUAUCUCUGCUGCCAAACUUGAACUCCAUAGCUGGAGUUUCACUUAUCGGAGCUCUCACUGCAGUUGGGUACUGUACAGCGAUUUGGGUGAUUUCUGUAUCAGAAGGCAGGCUUCCUGGAGUUUCAUAUGAUCCCAUUGAAUCUGCGACUAAUGUGGAGAGGGUGUUUAGUGUGCUCAAUGCCCUUGGGAUCAUUGCUUUCGCCUUCAGAGGUCACAAUCUCAUCCUUGAGAUUCAGGCCACCAUGCCUUCUAGUGAGAAACAUCCCUCACAUGUGCCAAUGUGGAGAGGAGUGAAGGUGUCCUAUGCAAUCAUUGCUGCAUGCUUGUUUCCCCUUGCAAUUGGAGGCUACUGGGCUUAUGGUCACUUGAUACCAGCAAAUGGAGGAAUGCUUCCAGCUGUGUUCCAGUUCCAUUCAAGAGAUGUGUCACAAUCCGUCCUAGCGCUCAUAAGCUUGUUUGUGGUGAUAAAUGCACUGUGCUCAUUCCAAAUCUAUGGCAUGCCAAUGUUUGACCACAUGGAGUCCCAAUACACAAGCAGAAAGAAAGCUCCACUUCCAUGGUGGCUGAGGUGCAUUGCUAGGGCAAUGUUUGGGUUCGGAGUCUUCUUCGUCGCGGUGGCAAUUCCAUUUUUGGGAAGUGUGGCCGGUUUGGUUGGAGGGAUAGCACUGCCUGUGACUUUAGCGUACCCAUGUUUCAUGUGGAUCAAGAUUAACAAGCCUAAGAAGUAUAGUCCUAUGUGGUGGCUAAAUUGGUCUCUUGGAAUUUUGGGGAUGGCUUUGAGUUUGGUUUUGAUGGCAGCUGGAAUCUAUGUUGUGAUUCAAACUGGGAUUCAAGUCAAAUUCUUCAAGCCUCACUAACAAAAGGAGGAUUUCAGGGGAGGAUUUGAAGGGAGGAUUUGUGGAGAGGAAAACAAAAGGGUGGAUUUACACUUAUUAAUUUGUUUUACUGUUCUUUGUGAAAGAAAAAAAAAAUAUUCACAGUUGUAGUUUGCUGCUGAAUUUCAUGGGAAAGAUAAUUCAAUUUAUAUAUAAUCUCUGUUUUCUUUCAUGGAAAUGUUGUAAUUGACAUUGUAGAAUCUUUAGGGGUGUGUAAUAUUACUGAAGUAAAAUUCGCAAGAUUGGAUUUCUCUCU